AAAGCUUUCAGUUUGCGACAUUUAACAACUUUUAGGCACAAGAAAAUUUGAAUAAAAUUCAAAAAGUAAACAAAGUUGCAAUAAAAAAUUGUGUUUAUCUUUGGGGCAACUACGCACAGUAUGCAAAAGAAUCUCUUUGUGCCAACAACGACAACAGCAGCCAGCCUAUUUGCAGCGCGCUUGAGAGCACAACAAAACGUUCAUUUAGAAAAUAUUUACCAACAUUGGCAAAUGUGCAUGUCAGACAGUUAACCAACUUUAUGCCGGUUAACGCUUAUAAGCAACUUUAAUUGCCGCAGCAAGAUCAAGACACGAUUUGACGCAGCCGCUACUCCAACGCCGCCUUAGCGGGAGCAGCAGCUGCAGCAGCCACAACUACAACAUUACACUUUUCUAACAGCGAUCGAGUCAAAAUCAAAGUCAUAUUUGUUGUUGCGGUUGAUGUUGUUGUUGUCGUUGCUGUUGUCAUAGUUGCCGCUGACCAACUCGUCGUGGCUGCAGCCGCUUGAAACGCUGAAAAGGUAUAAAAGGUUCGCUGCUAUCGCUGAGCGGUUCAAUUCGACGCGAAACGUCUGCGCUUUUGGAUUGACGGCGACAGCAGCCGAAACGGGAAUAUUUUCCAACCGCUAUAACAGUAAUGCAAUAAUAAUUUUGAAGGCGCUUUUUAUCAAGUGAACUCGGUUCAAGUUUAGACAAGUAAAGUGAAACAUUCUGCAAAUCACGUACAAGAACGAAGCCCACGAACAAAGCGACAACUUAAAAUUAAAUUUAUUGACAAUUUCGCAACUUGCAGCGUGCGUUUUCUCACGCUUGUUGCACCACAUCUAGAUGCACGUGCUCUGUAAAUAGAUAAAAAUUUGCAUACUCGAUUCCUUGAGCGCUAGUGCGGCGAUUAAUUAUUCAUAAACUCACAUAUUUUGGAAACGUGACGUGCGGGAGGACAGCACAACGCAUGCGCAACGAACAUCCUUUGAAAGCGAACGUGUCUGCAAUAGCAACAACAACACGUGGGUUGUGUGUGUGAAAAGGCCUUGCCGAAUAUUGAAAUUUUUAAAAUUCAUUGAACGUUAAGUGGCACAGGGAACUUGAACAAGUGACACGAUAAGUUACAAAUUGUACGAAUUAAAUAAGUAAACACAAAAAACAAGAAUUAAAGAAAAAGUGAGUGACAGCUGCGGUACGCUGAAGUUGACGAAAUCGAAAGCAACAACAGCCCACUGAACUGUAGUGAUUAAAGUGCUGCAAUAUGGAUGCAAAGAUACUAAUCGCGCUAGUAAUCGCCAGCAACUGUUACUCCAGCUGUGGUGCAGCUUUAAGGCGCACGCCAAAAGUCUAUAAUGCGCUCAUUACAACUGAUGAUAAUCUGACUUCUAGCCGUGCCUAUCCCGUCAUACAACCGACCAUACACGAGAGUGGUGUGGCGCACUAUCCCUUCGGGCCAUAUAAUCCGUAUGGUUACUACUCGCCACCGGUGCUGCGUUUCGGUCAACCUAUUGUGCCGGGUUUGCCACCAAGUCAACAAUUUCCCUACCCACUACCACAACAACGCUUCCCACCGCAAUUUAUGCGUCAGCCGCCACCGAACAGUGGGCCACAACUGCUACCCACACCCAAUGCAGUUGCGCAACAACCACCACCACAAGAUGGCUCGCCGGUAGAGGGUGCAGCGCCUACAGCAACACCACCAACCGAAGACCAACAACCCGUCCAACCACCAACUCAGCCACCGCCACUGAAAAAUCCCGCUUUUAUGCCGCCAUUCGAACAGAAUCCACCCAAGCAGAUGCCUAACGAGAAAUUGCCUAUUCCUUUGAACGAAUAUGGCCUACCACCAUCGCUUAUACCGCUGCAGCAAUAUCCAAAUCGUAAUCCUCAGAAUCCGGUAGCACUUCCGCCGUAUGCUUUCAAUCAGUACCCAGUCAUAUAUGAUCCCAUCACGGGUUAUCGUGAACAAUAUCUACCCCCAUAUCAAUAUUUCCCUAGUCAGCAUCAGCAUUUUGCUCUCGGUGGUGUGGCCAGACCACCAUUUCCACAACCACCAACAGCUGCAUCCAUUGGACCAGCAGUAACCUCGCCACCGCCGGCACCACAGUAUCCAGCACCAGAUCAGCCCGAGGAAGCAGCGGCAAGUGAGCCAGAACCACAACCGGUAGAUCCACCACAGACACCGCCACCAAAUGUCGACUUCGACAGUAUAAAGAAUGCGUCGAAGAGCAAGAACAGCGCUGUGCCGGACGUGCCGCCACCGCCAAUACCAUCAGGCAACAAGCCGCAACAAUCCUAACGUGUGCCUGACGAGAUGGACGGGAAUGUGAAGUAACAAUUGCACUUUACUUGGCCUAAAGUUCACUAAUCGCAUUUUAAACAAUUAGGAAAAUUCUUAUAAGUUAUUAUUGGUAAAAAAUACUCGAAUUAAUUUUAUUUAUUGUUAACGAAAUUUUGAGCAAGAAAAUUUUGUAUUUUUGCAUUUAA